CGCAUAUGACUUUUUCGUAUUACGCGUAUUAUAUAUACUCUUAUGAGUAACCUGGCCUUCCUUGUAACAAUUCACGCUACAAAUGAGGAUGCAGAUCUUUGUGAAAACCCUGACCGGAAAGACGAUCUCUCUCGAGGUGGAGAGCUCCGACACCGUCUACGGCGUCAAGGAGAAACUAAAGGACAGGGAUUUAAUUUCGUCGCCUCAUCUGGCCAGGCUGAUUUACGCCGGGAGAACUCUCGAAGACGGCAGAACCCUAGCGGACUACAGUAUUCGUAAGGAGUCGACCCUGCACUUGGUUUUGAGGUUGCUAGCAUGCGGCUCGCAGAUCACGGUGGAGAGUUCGACCGGAUUCACCGUCACCUUGAGAGCGUGCCUCAGCAGCACAAUCGACUAUAUCAAAAAGAUGAUCCAGGAGAAGCAAGGCGUCCCCGUAGAUCGUCAGAUUCUGACCUUUGAUCACAAGGUGCUCGACGAUAUGCGCAGCCUAACCUUUUACGAAAUUCGCCACGAAUCCACCCUGCACCUAUCGGUUCGGGUGAAGAUUUAUGUGAUUAGUAGCAUGAUGGGAUAUCGAUUCAAGACGAUCCCCCUGGACGUUGAGAGUUCCGAUACGGUGGCCGACGUCAAGGCGGCUAUCCACGGCACGAGGGGCAUUCCGGUAGCCGAUCAGGUGCUGGUGUUCGAGCACAAGUGGCUUGAGGAUUCGCGCACUGUUGGAGAAUGUAAUAUCGUCGAAGAUUCCACCUUGUUCCUUGUUGUUUCGAGCUCGCAUCGUCUGAAGAUGAAGAUGAAGAUUCGGGUGGAGGUGGAUGAUGGAUUCUCAUUCAUGUUAGAUGUUGAGGGUUCAGACGCAAUCGAAAGUGUGGUGGGGAAGAUCUAUGAAAAGGAACACAUUCCGAUAGCUUAUCCGGCGCUGAUGUUCGAGCAGAAGCGCCUCGUAUUGGAUAAGCAGCUCACGCUCGCUGAUUACAAUAUAGAGGAUGGCUCGACCGUGCGCCUCGUCCGUUCUGACUAGUGGAUGCAGCAUCUUAUUUUUAUCACCAUUGUAUGUUUCCAAAUUUCCAGAAUAAAGAAGGUUGAAAUUGCAAAGAAAUAAACAAAUAA